AAAAAAAAGAAAACAAAAAGCAAAGGAUAACACAAAACCCUUUUCGUCUUCCCAAUUCCACCACACAGACACAAAGCACCGAAAAUGGCGGUUUCUUCUGGAACAUUCUCCACCUUCCUCUGCGUCAAAACGACAUCUUUCCACAACCAAUCAACUCCUCCUUCGUCUCUCCGGCUAGCCUCUCACCCGGCGGCUAAACUACGCUUGGUCCGAGCUGUGACAUCUGCGACGGCCUCUUCCGAGCCAACCGCAACCAAUAAAAGAGUGCCACGCGGCAUCAUGAAACCUCGACCAGUGUCACCGGAGAUGCAAGACAUCGUCGAGCUUCCUGAAAUCGCUCGCACACAAGCUCUUAAGCGUAUUUGGGCUUACAUUAAAGAACAUGACCUUCAAGACCCACAAAACAAGAGAGAAAUACUGUGUGAUGAGAAACUGAAGAAGAUAUUCGAAGGCAGAGAUCGGGUAGGGUUCUUGGAGAUUGCAAAGCUCAUCGGUCCUCACUUCCUCUGAUGGAAUUUCCGCGAAACUUUAUUUGGAUGAUAGUCUAUGUUUUGUUGAGCUGUUAGGGCCAUGAAAGGGGUUAUCUUAAGUUGGGGAAGACUUAGAUUAAGAUUAGUAAAUUAGGGUUUUUGCAAAGUAAGUACUUAAGAAGGUUUACUUGUUUUUUUUUGUUGUUGCUUCAAUGGAUGUUAUGUUGACCUUGCUUCCUAAUGUUGUUUGCGUUUUCGUUUCAA